GAACGUUGUCUCGCAGGGGCUCACUCUGAUCCAAGUUAGGAGCUUUCAGCUGCCAGCCUUGGCCCAUCAUGUAAGUGCUGCGGAGAAUUCUUUGCAGCGCAUUUGCAAAAUUACCCGCUUUCCCGACGCCUGCGCGGGCUGUGCAUCCGAACCCGCGCCCCGUGCACGGACACGCACGGCUCGGACCCAAGAAGGCUCCAGGUGCAUGAAGAUCGAGGCUUGUAUUUUGCAUCUUUGUUGCAAAGCAAGCCGCCGAAGCUCCAGUACGAGGGCGAUGGAGGGAGGGAGCGAGAAAGAAGGCAAAGUCUUUUGUGCUUCCCCUCCCCCUCAUCAAAGCAGAGGGGAAAUGCCUCAGCCAAAGGGAGGUAAGAAGAAGCCAGUGUUGAAGCUCUCUAAAGAGGUGUUUGAGCAGCCCACACCUGCUGCAGUACCCCCCAGAGAUCUGGAUUCAAAGGCUUGUGUAACAAUCGGAGAAAAGAAAUGUGAGGUGAAAGCCGAUGAUCUGGAGCAGAUCUGCGAACUGGGACGAGGAGCUUACGGUGUGGUGGACAAGAUGAGGCAUGUGCCCAGUGAUCUUAUCAUGGCUGUUAAGCGGAUUCGGGCCACUGUUAACACUCAGGAGCAGAAGAGGCUGCUGAUGGAUCUGGACAUCUCCAUGAGGACAGUGGACUGUUUUUACACCGUCACUUUCUAUGGAGCGUUGUUCAGAGAGGGUGAUGUGUGGAUCUGCAUGGAGCUGAUGGACACUUCCCUGGACAAAUUCUACAAACAGGUGAUCGAGAAGGGACUGACCAUUCCCGAGGACAUCCUGGGAAAAAUCGCUGUCUCUAUAGUAAAGGCUCUGGAGCAUCUGCACAGCAAUCUGCAAGUCAUCCACAGAGAUGUGAAGCCCUCCAAUGUGCUCAUCAACACUCAGGGUCAAGUGAAGAUGUGCGACUUCGGCAUCAGUGGCUACCUGGUGGACUCUGUGGCUAAAACUAUGGACGCCGGCUGCAAACCCUACAUGGCACCCGAGAGGAUCAACCCGGAGACGAACCAGAAAGGCUACAACGUCAAAUCCGACAUCUGGAGUUUAGGAAUCACAAUGAUUGAGCUCGCCAUCCUGCGCUUCCCGUACGACUCGUGGGGAACGCCCUUUCAGCAGCUGAAGCAGGUGGUGGAAGAACCUUCGCCCCAGCUUCCUGCCGACCAGUUCUCCCCUGACUUUGUGGAUUUCACCUCUCAGUGCUUAAAGAAAAAUGCCAAAGAGCGGCCAACAUACACAGAACUCAUGCAACAUCCCUUCUUCACCUCCCACGAGGCCAAAGAAACUGACGUGGCUAGCUUUGUGAAAGUCAUCCUGGGGGAUUGAGCUCUACAUGCGCAUAGCACGGAGGGAGGAAAACCUAAAAACCCAUCCUAGAAAAAAGCAGGUCUCCCUCUCACCCCCCUCCACGCCUCCAGAGUCAGAACGAGGAAGACCAGCGGACGAAGUAGAACGAGGAGGCGGCCUCCGCGUCUCCCCUGUGAGGUGGCGGGAGGGGCGGGGGGAGACCUCGAGUAUAAUGUGGAAUAAUUCAAGGUGUCUGUAUGCAAAACCUCCCCCUGUGAUCAGAUUAGCUUCACCCACUACUCCCAAUAUUAUUAACGAGCUGGCCACGCCAUCCACCAUCGUGGUCAAACUCUUUUUUUCUCACUGAAAAGCAGUGGAAGAUGUGCAGAUCGUAUAAAAAAAAAAAAAGAUGGAUGAUAUAACGCUUUCUGUGUAUAAUCUAAAUAUUUGCCUACUCAAAGCAAAAGUCCCGCAUCAGAUUAUUAACUGACUGCAUGUACAGAAUAUAUCUCUGGCAGCCACAGAUGGCCAAUGAUGAGCAGCUGUAGAGCCUGAUUGUAGACUUAAGAGCCUCCCCUAGUGGUCUUUAAUAGGUACUGCAGUGCAACUGCUUUCUUCGCCAAUGCCAUCUACCUACGUGUUUUAGGCUCUUGGCUGCCUGCGAGUGUGUGUGAUUGUGUGUGUGAGCUGAGGGAUGUGUUCAAACGGCUGCAGGUGGAGGCAGAGCCAGAAUGCUGUCCGGUUAGUUUGCAAACACGGCGAGAGGUCGGCUGAAGCUCUGAUACAGCUGUUGUUCAGCAUUUCAGGCCGUCGGGCUGCAGCAAAUUAAUCAGAGCAAACUAAUCAGAUUUAGUCAUCAGAAAAGCUGUGAAUAUAAUGAACUGUCUUUUACCAACAUGUAUGGGUGUUUUUUAGACCAGGAACAUUUUGAGUGGCUAUAAAAAGAGGAUUGCCCCUGAUUUAAUGUGCAGUUUACUAUAAGUUGAGCUCCAAAUACCUAUCAUACACUCGCUUUAUGUGAAAAGGGCUGGCAUUGUUGAAUGUGGUUGAAGAAAUCUUGAAAUUAUUGUUAGAUUUUUUUUUUCUAAGCUUCAAGCUGCCGAUUCCACUUUUUGUUUGAGUACAAGAACAGGAAUCUAUGGAAAUCUGUAACUAACUCGGAGGGUAGGUGACUUCAUGUUGUGUUUGAGAGAGAAGAUAUUGUUUUAAAAUAGGGUCUCUCUUGUUUUAAAAGACACAGCUUUAAUGAAAAGCUAACAAGCCUCUCAGAAAUGCAGUUUACAGUCUUAAUAGCUUCUUAACAUCUUUUCCACUCCUAUGUUUUAAUUGUUAAAACAUCUUGCUGAUACUGAAAAUGGCUAACUUUGCAUCUUUGCGCUAACAGCAUCCACUCUGAAGAGUGAUAGCGCAAUCUAUUAUGUGUGAUGCCUUCCCUAGAUCCAAAAAAAAAAGAAACCAACUCCCUCAUCACUGGUCAUUCCUGAUCAAGCUAAUAAUUGUCAAACUCAAGUCACCAUUGGAUUUCUUGACUCCAGCUACUGAUCUUUUGUAGAAUCACUGAAAUUAACUUUCCAAUGAUACUUCAAAAGCAACAAUUUACCAAUUUUUUUCCAAAGUUUGUGAUUUACCUUAUUCUUGCUUAAGUGUUGUCAGAAAAUAUAACUGUCUUGCACAAAACAAUAAUUAUGCAACAGAUGCUUAUUUCGUUCAGAUGUUCCUGACGAAAAUGUUAAAUGUUGGUUUAUAUUGUAGAAAGGGGCCGACACUAAAGAAUUAGAAGUCAGAGGAGCCUCUAGGACUUAUUUUUAGCCGGAAACUGUAAAUAUUUGUCAAAUAUUUGUGUUUGCCUAGUUGGUUUUUGCACAUAUUUCUUUGAGUGUAAGGUAACCUUUCAAUGAACCGAUCUCCCCUCGUACAGGAUAGUGCCCAAUAAUUUGUUACAUUUCAGUUUAGUCCAGCUGUUUUGCACUUUUAAUAUAAAUAUAUUAUUUUCCUAGUUAAUGGGUUUUUAUUGCUCCGCAUCUUCAAGCUCAAAAUAAUUUGCCAUGACAGUUUGAGCAAAGGGAAACCAAAGCAUUGUCUUAUGUUUGCACAAAUAGUAAAACUGUAUUAAUUCUGGUACAGAAUGGCCGUACGAGUUAUAAGUACUCAUUUGAAGUAACAGUGCUUAGCUUGUAUUUUCUGUCCCUUUGCAAAGCCUGAACCAGUGAGCAGUGAGUCUUGUUCUUCAGUUUGAUUUGUUGCAACUCGCGGUCUUGGUGAUGCUGGAUGCAGCUGUGCAGACCUCCACAUGCUUUAUUUUCAGUGUGUGUUUGUGUGUUACAUGGGGAACAUUGUCCCAUAUCCUCCUUGUUUUCUGUACUGAGCCAAUCACAACCCUCUCCACUCCAUGCUCAACAUAAAAUGAACUGGACGUUGUUGCUAUUAUUGUUGUAAGUACUAUAUUAAUGUUAUUAUUUGGGUUUAUCCCCACUCUCUAAUCCAUCUUACAGACAUAUUAACUGCAGUUAUUCUUAUUUAUUACAACUGCUGUGUCCUUCUGAAGACUUGAGCUAUCCAUCAGAGACUCUUCUUCGCUUGCCUCUGCAGCUGUGUGUUUUUGUUGUGUUUUUCUUGGCUCAAACAGGUAAAUGCUUUUACAAUGUAACUUUUAUGCCUUCUAUGUGCCUCUAUAUUGAAAAGAAAAAAAAAUGUCUAAGAAAAUAAGGAUGAUGCAGGGUUGGGCUCCCUCCCUCUUCACACGCUGCAUGGCAUCAUAUCCCCAGCAACCUGCCAGCUUUGAGGACUUCGUGUUUCUUUGUGAUGUUACUCUUGCUGUAGCUUGAGGGUGUUUGUACUUGUGCCUGUUGUUGCCUCAGUGGCUUCUGAGGGCAGAAAGCUUGAAGAUGGUGAGUGAAAUUUUAACAAUGCUCUCGCUUUGUCUUUAACCUUAAAACUCUCUUUAUUUUAAGUCACUUUUUUUUGUUGAUUUUGACUUGUUUUGGAGCUCCUUCUGGGAUCUAAUGAUGUGAGUUUAUGCACUGUACAAAUGCAGAUUAUUUUUAGCCUUCAGAACCAACUUUCUGUCCUCAGUCUGCUUCUGUCUUUUUUUGUCUUGAGGUUUCCUGUUUUGUUGCAGGUUAAUAAUCCUC